UUCGGUGGAUUAUUUUUAUCACUUCUUAUUCAAACAGAAUUAGAACGUUGAACUUUAACAAAAUUGGUUCCAAGUAGACAUUGGUACGAAUAGUAACUCAUGUAGAUGAAAUACUGCAGUUUGGUUGAAAAAUAUUAAAGCUGUUUCGUUUUGUUUUUCAUUCGGUAAGUGAUUUUCUUUUGCUCGGAUGGCGCUUGAUGAUAUACACUGGCAGCACGGUAAAGUAACUCUUCGAGCAUAACGCGAGGCAGGCAAACUUCAUUUUUCACGGCCCUUCAAGUGACAGACGAAAAACAACAAUGGACGUCGUCGUGGUGCAGUAGUUUUCAUCUCUGGUGGAGAAAAAGUGACCGUGCUCCGUUCGGAAGUGUGCUGCAACGUGUGAUUUUUGAUUAUUAUUGUAGCUUCGAUUGAGAACGAUUUGGCGUCGCAAUGGAUUUCGACGACGAUUCAUCCAAUACGAGGGAGCCGUCAUGUACCCCUCCGUUACCGACGACUGAUCUCACACCAAUCGAAAUCAUGAAAUUCGCCCAUGAAGAUGACGGUCUGGCUACACCGAUAUUGCCAACCAGUAACGAUUCGGUUCAACCGGAAGGUGAUAUUUUCUUGGAUAAAGUUUCAGCAAACUCGACUAGAAUGCAGGAAGAACCGCCGGCAGUGAGCGAAAAUAUUGUGGCAACAGAGAAAAAUGGCGAUCAAAAAAUUGCGGAAAAGGGUGUCUCUAAAGAGGUGGAGCAGGCGGUGACGCCAGCGGAGAUAAAGUCGACCGAUGAGCAGUCCUCGACGAAAAAGGAAGAAAAGAAGAGUGGUGCCUCAAGUCCUUCGAUAGAGCCUGAAAAGCUUCGAAAGGUUUCGCCAACCGGCAGCAAAACCCCACCCAUCAAAAAGCGAAAGCCCGACACAAAAGAUGCUAGCUCCAGCAAAAACCGUGGCAAAGAAAAGUCCGCCGAAUCCAGCCAUUCCAAGGGUAAGGAGAAACACAAGGAAAAGGUAAAGAAAGAUCGAAGUAAAGAACGAGAGAAAGUGAGUUCCAAGGAUAAGCCCAAAACGAAAGAGCAAGACCGUUCCCUGGUACGCUUGCGUAGGAAAUCCAAAAGUAUCGAACGACGAAAAAGUGUUGGCCGAAGAAGUGGUACACCUCAUGGCCGAAAAGAGCAGAAUUCGUCGAAAUCAAGAGCCGCUAGUCGACCCAAAGCAGAGCGAGCUAGUACACCUGGCGUAAGCAAAAAUAAAGGCGAGGACAAAUCUAAGCGCAGAUCCCGAUCCAGAGAGCGCGAUAAAACAAGAGCAAAGUCGGCGGGUUUCAAAGCGCUGCCCCAUGCGACCAACAGAACCGACGGUAAAGAUUUAACUGGGGAGAACUUUCUCAACCGACACAACCAAUUCAAUAGCUCACCAUCAUCGUCAGCCAGGAAAAAUCGAGAAAAAUCACCGAUUGUGCUUUCUGUGAUUAAGUACACUACUAGUCCUCCCAUCAUCAGCUGGAGAGAACGAGUUGUUAGUAAAGCGGUCAGUUCGACUCCUCUUCCACGGACGCCGAUAACACCAGCCAUUGCUGCCCUACAGGAAUACGACGAUGAUGGAGAUUCAUCGCAAAGUGAUCGCGAAGCAUCCAAAAGAAGCAAGCGUGAGCAAAUUGGUAGGAAAAACAAGGAUCAAUCUUUAACAAAACGUAAGAAAAAGAUGAAAAACAAAACUGCAGCAAAGAAAUCCCGAAAAAGUGAAUCAUCUCAUAAAAGAAAAUCCAAGGAAAAGCGCAAGGAGGAUAAAAAACGUAGCAAAUCCUCGUCGGAAAAGGAAAAAACCGAGGAGCAAAAACCAAAAGAAAAAACACCGGAUACAAAAUCGGGUGAGUGCGACGAUACCGACACUGAAUUGGAUGCAAAUACAUCGUUAUACGACGAUGACGAAGAGCAUGACCCAAUCGUGAAGCGGAUCAAACUGGAGAAAGAUGACGAUGAAGAUCCGGUGCAGUUUGGAAAAAUUCAAAUAGAUUACAGUAUUGUGAAGCAGGAGCCUCUGACCGACGAGGAGAAAGAAAGAAAAGACCGAGAGACAUCGCAUUCAGGAAAAACGGUGCCCGAAGCGCACACUCCGGAGCCAAAGACUGCAGAAAUGACGCUGAAACCUACCGAGUCCACACCACUCAGAGCAAAGUUUAGUUGCUCAUUCUUAGAUGACCUAAACUCCGGCGAUAAAAAACUAACAAAGCCUUUGACCGACCUGCAAAAAGCAGAACUAGAGGAUCACAACAGGAAGGAAACUGAUUCUCCCGAUACCGACGAUUAUGCAUCGAACUGGGAAAUCGACGAGUUCAGUCCGCUGGUAACAGCAGCCAGCAAAGUAUCGGUAGAUACUCCAAAACUGGAAACAGCUGGAAAGCCUCCACCGACAGCAGAAGAUGAAAUCAAAAGAAAGAGGCUGAUUCCCGUCAGCACCCAUGAACAAAUCAUCCCGCUGGACGAUUUACUUAACAUUCAAAGUCAAAUAAAAUCAAUUAAAAAUAAGCUGGAAAGUGUAGGUCAAUUGCAGGGAAUCGUUCCACUAACGAAGGAGACCGACAAAAAAUCUUCACCGCCGGUUGGGGAACAAAAACCAGAUAAGUUGGUUGACGAAUAUCACAAUUUUGUACAGUCGAUAGCAACCGGAGGACCAAAUGCGGCAACUCUUGAUGUACAAGAGAAAAGUGAACCUGCUGCUAGUAAGCUUGAGGGUAUUCGGAGAGCUUCCACUAGCACAACUAGCACAAGCAACAGUUCGGACAGUUCGAGUUCCAGCUCAGACUCCAGCUCUUCCAGUUCAUCCUCCAGUUCUAGCUCCAGCUCGUCCGAUUCGGAGUCCUCGGACAGUUCGAACGGAGAAAAAAAGAAGAGAAAGAAGGUUCUGAUUAAACGAAAGAAGAUGCCGAUUAAACCGAUAAUUUCCGUGGAAGAUAUAGAAAAACUAGCCAGUGAGCUAAUUCAAUCUGACACAUCACCAAUAGAGUCAGAUUCAAUGCCUGAAGCUCUGCGAAAUCCUGAGUUGCCCGCAGCAGUACCAGCGUUUCAAGCGCCUCCUGUUACUCCGACACCUCAGGAGCUCUCUGCUGCAGUACCGUCGAUGCCUUCUAUACCAGCACCUUUAAUUAUUCCCGAACAUUUGCUGCCAAAGAGAGCUGCUAUUGGUAUACCAGCUUCUUCUAAAAUUUACAGCAUCAGAGAUGAUUCAUUAAGUGAAAGCACCAGCCAUGAAUCUGUUGCCAGUACAAUUAAACCAUUAACUUUAGAACGGGACUCACCAAUCAAACUCAAACUGCAAGCAAAGAACAAAAUGGUGCCGGCAGUUACGACGUCUGCUCUACUAGGUCGAGAAGAGGACGAUGAAGAUGAAAAACAAAAAACAGUUAAAGAAGAUAACUUAACCAAGGAAGUCUCGGAUAAGCCGCCGGAACCUACCAGUAAGGAUAAGCAAUCUCGGACGGAUCAUCAGGAUUCUAAACACAAUCGAGAUCGAAAAUCAAAAGACCAUAGCCCUAGAAGGUCAAGAGACCGUCCUGACGCUGCCAGUAAGCAUCGUUCAAAAGAUCGACAAAUUCGGAGCAAAUCUAGAGAUCAGCGAGAUUCACUUGAGCGAGAUCGGAGAAAACUCUCGGAUCGGCGAUUGCGACAUUCGCGUAGUCCACCAUUACGAAGGUUGCGAAUUUCACCUCCUCUUCGCCGUAGGCGUUCACGUUCACGGUCACGAAGUCUUAGUCCGACACUGCUGCGAAGGCCUCCAAGUCCACCGGAACGUGAUCGCAGCCCACGAGGUCGCCGGUUUUCAACAGAACGCGAAUGGCGUCGGUCUCGAUCUCCCUUCUAUCAGCGACCUCCAUCUCCAAAAGAGAAACCCCCAGGUGAAAACCAGAUUGACGUCGUUACCAGCACUGGGGGCAACAAUGCAGCCUUUAAACCCUCCAGCGAUCAAUCUCCUGUGGCUGGUUACAAGAAAAGCGUGGCCGAUUCCACCAUCAACGAUGCUGACCUCGAAAUUCAGAAGCGGAAGGCGCAAAACUUCAACGACAGUUCCGCUUACAAUAAUAUUUACUCUAAAAAUUAUGGAUUCUAUGGUCCUGAAGACAUGGUUCUAGAAGGACCCGAAGGUGGGGACUCGCCAAAACGAUUAUCGCUGGAUGAUCGAAUCAACAUCGUGCUUGGUAUUAACGGUAUAGAGGCACCUAAACGCGCAGAUUCCGUGCCAGCACAAGGUUCAAAUCACUACGGAGAUUACCAGCCUAUUCAAUCUCUCCCGUUGCACAAUGACGUGCAUCCAUCGCCGCAACAACAACAAUAUCCACCAGCCCAUCAGCAAUACCCCAACCCCAUAAAUUGUCCUAGACCAAUGCUGCAUCCUCCCCAGCAGCAACACUUCCCACAUAACUAUCCUCCAGAUUUUCACAGCGGCCCACCAACGCAGCCGCCUCCUCCGCCACCAUCUCAGUACGGCUACGGUCAAGCUCCACGUCCCCAAUUCUAUCCCAGUCCGCGAGCCCCACAACCAGGAUGGAUUAGAACACCACACGGUAAUUGUUUACCACCAGUUUCACCUCACCAGCAGCAAAUGUACCCAGCUAGCAUGUAUCCCGCGAGUCCAAACAUUCAGGUUCCUCCACCACCAUUGCCGGUAGCGGACCCGACCAAGACUCACGUCAAGCAGGUUGGCAACGUACUGGAAAUCGUACCAUCAGCAGUUCCGCCGGUAUCGGUUCCAGGUUCCACGAAUCAAUCCGUCAAAGCAACCCCACCUCAAACACCCUUAACUGUAUCGGCUUCAGCAACUCCCUACCAGCAGCAAAGUACAUCGCCGUCAGACUUGCCAAACCUGCUCACGCCGAAGAUUCUAACGGCGGAGGAACUGAAACUGCGGCAUGAGCGACGUUUGGAAUUAAAGAAGAAGAUCCGCGUCGAACGGGAGAAAAAACGACUGGAGAAAAGGAUGCGCAAAGAAAAACUCAAAAUGGAAGUUAAACGAUUGUUGGUGGAAACAGCCACUACGGCAGCGAACAGUUCCUCCGAAGAGGAGGAAUUCGAUGCCGUUAAGCACCAGGAUCUACUUGCUGCCCUUAGCAGAGGAUACGAACGGAGUAUCCUUCGAACGAAAACCGGUGCAUGUGUUGCAAGAAAAUCAGUUCUCUUCGCUGACGGCGUCGCACCAGGUGAUGAAUCAUCUUCCUCGGGUGCAGAAGCACUGCGCUCUCCAGCGAAACUGACCGCCUCAAAGUUGCGUAAGAAGCUACGGAGGAAACGGACUCUGAAAGCAACCGGCCGAAAACGUUUGAUCGACCGACUUAAACUACCGGACUUAGAUCUCGAAGAACAGGAGCGCAUUGAUCCGGAGUUGGAUAGCAUGCCACCACCGCCGCCUCCACCGGGUUCUCCGCCUCCGGAACUCGUGCAACCACGCUGCAUAAAUCCACCUCCCGUGCAGAUGAUUGACUUCAGCGAUGCACCGCCAAUGCUGCCCUUUCGUGCUACUUCUGGUAGCGGCUCUACACCUUCUAAUACGCCUUCUUCUAAUGGCUCUGGUAUGUCGUCGGCUCCGUUUGCUCCAGCAACACCGCCCUCGAACGGUGGCAAUAAUCCUUCUAAUAAUUCGAAUCACAAUCUAAACGCGCCGCCGCCGCCCCCUCCGGGUCCAUACCGGAGCGCACCUAUCCCUCCCAGUGGAUCGUCACAUAUGCGAUCGCACCACCAUAGCCAUCAGCAUCACUACCACCAUUCGCACAGUCAGCACCAUCAGCAUCUUCCACCUUCGCAAUCCAUGAAAAAAUCUCGUCGGGAAGGUUAUCGCGAAUCGCCCCACGCCAUCGAAACAAUCGGCUCCUCCGGUUCUUCGAUGCGGCACUCAACCUACGACGGAGGACUCCAUUAACUGAUUCGACGCAGGUAAUUGUAAAUAUAGCACCUACCAGCUUUCAGCGUCGACAUCAUUUCAUGUCUAUUCAAAAAGUAUAACAUAUGUCAACGUAUGUGCAUUUGCAGUAAUAACGAAUUCAGACUAGCGUUAAUAUAUGAAAAUAAUAACUAGGCAAUAAGCACUAUUCGAAGCUGUAUGUAAUUAAGCGAGCGUCCGGUUCAAGCAACGCGGACGGAGCAUUCGCUGGCUUGUAAUUAUAACAAUUAUAUAUUUUGAGUUAAGAACUAAAGGGAGCGUAGCGAGUAGUUCCAAACUCACGGUUAAUUUAGUCCAUAAAGUCACUACUAUACCUAUAUAUUUUAGGCAUAAACAUCAAAUUGUGUUGAGUAUGCUUACUGAAUAGUAAUAUAAUUCUUUUA